GUGCUGCUUUUUCACAGAAAGAGAAGCUCACUGAACUGAAACAACCUGGGUCUGUCCAUGAGAAUCCCACUGUAGGAGACAACAUGAAUCCAAGGCUAGUCUUCCUUCUCUUUUGUGGAGUUAUAAUUCCAGAACUGGGGAACACACAGUUAUUUCUGAGAGCACGCCGGACAUCAGAUCUUACAAUUCCUUACUGCCCACCAGGGUAUUAUUGGACACCUGAUGGACUCAUCGAAGCCAGAGCACCCCUCCUUAAAAGAGAGCCCUUAAGAGUCCUUAUCAAUGCAACUGGUGAUACAAUUGUGAUGAAAUUUCUUCGUCCUAGCCCCAGUACAAAACUUGAAGGCUACAUUCUUGGAUAUGGCAGCAGCUUUUACUCCAAGCAAUAUAUUCCUUUUCCAGAAAAUGGGAAACCAUUUGUUACUGAAAUUGAGGCAGAACCCAAAUAUCUAAUUUCAGUGCAACCGGUACAGCCAGUGCAUCCAUUGCUUACUCUAAGGAAGUACUGCGCAGCUAGUCAGAUCACCCGACAAAAGCCUCUGCAUUUGGUAGUUGGAACCCUGACUCCAACAUCUGUGUUACUGUCAUGGGGAAUCCUCAUUAAGUCCCAGAAAAGUGGCAUUUUGAUGAAUGACUGCCUUGAAGACAGAAUGUAUACAGUUCGCUAUAAAGAAAAUGAGAAGAAAAACUGGCUGUUUCAGAGUUGCCCUACAACAGAAACUGUAAUAGAUAAACUUAAACCAGACACAAUUUAUGAGUUUGGAGUGAAAGACAAAGAUGACCGAACCUGGAGCAACAGGGUCAUUCACAAACUGGAAACAUACAGUGAAAAAGGAAAUACAAAGAUCCGGAAGCCAAGUUUACCAGAGAAGCAAAUUCCUGUGUAUGUGGACAGAAAGGAAAAUAAAGUUAUUUUCAAGAAAUCUCAACCAGGCUGGAAUGAAACACACAAACUACCUUCAUACCCAAAAACAACACAACCACCAACUGUUACAGAGACCAAGUCAGUUCCAACAAGAGUCCUGAAAGGAUCAUUUAAACCCAGUGCAUCUGCUACUACUUUCCAUGAAAAACCACAGCCAACAUUGGGUAAUGGAGUUUAUGCCGAACAUCAGCAAGAAAUAUUCACUUCCAUAAAAAGUGACUUACCUGGGUUAUCCAACACUAAUCAGGCUUCAACUGAACCUCAGCCGGAGACAUCAGCGACAGAAUUGCAUGAUAUUCCUGAUUUACCAGAAAAUCUGCUUGCUACCACUGAAACAGAUUUGGGAAGUCCAGUACCAACAGACUAUGAUAGACUCAGUUUGCAAGAGAUUAAGAUGGCCUCUUCUGAACCAGAAAUGGAACAUCCUGAGUCACGGUCACAUGACAGAUCUACUUUGUCAGCUAAUCCACAGGCUACUCCUGAAGUCAAGCUGGAAUCUCCUUUGGACAAAAUAUAUACCACACGUAAUUUGCCAGAGGCUCCUCAGGUUACUGUUGAACCAGAAAAGGAGGCUUCAGUGUCUACACCAUAUGAUAGAUCUGAGUUACCAGAGAAUCAAGAGGCAACUAAUGAACCAGAGUCGGAGACUGUUUUGUACAAGUCAUAUAUUAUACCUGCUUUGCCAAAGACCCAUGAGGCAACUAAUGAACCAGAGUCGGAGACUAUUUUGAGCAAAUCAUAUAUUAUACCUGGUUUGUCCAAGACCCAUGAGGCUACUGAUGAACCAGACCUGAAAACUCCUGUGCACAAAUCACAUGAUACUUCUGCUUUACCAACAAGCCAGCAUGCUGCUAAAGAACUAGAACUGGAAAUUCCAGUGCACAAAACACCUGAAACAUCACUUUCACCAGAACUCAUGCAUGUUUCUUAUAGUGCAGAUAUGGAAAUGCCUAUCCAAAAAACAUAUAACACACUUGUUAUUACAGAGAAGAAAACGCUUAUCCCCAAAACAAAUAACAUACUUGUUAUUACAGGGACUAUGCAGGCUACUAAUGAACCAAACCUGGAAACUCCUGUGCCUCAGAAUCAUGUUACAUCUGAUUUAUCAGACAUCCAAGAGGCUCCAACUGGAACACAUCACAGUGAUAUACCAAAUAACUCAAAGCAAAAUUAUACACACUUAUUGCCGGAAGAAAUACCGGCUCUUACAGAAACUCCUCAACGAAAUGACAUGUCUUCAACCUCUGCCAAAGGGGAUUUAACAAGCAGUUUACCUGGUCCAAGUGCAAUACCCCACACUGAUAUACCAAAUAAACCAAAACCAACUAAUUCACUUCCAAAAGGAGCAGGAAUACAGGCUCUUACAGAAACUCCACAACAACAAAGUGACAACAUUGUAAUGUCUGCAAAAGAUGAUGUGACAAGUGCAAGCAGUUUAUCUGGUCCAAGUGCAAUACCCCACACUGAUAUACCAAAUAAACCAAAACCAACUAAUUCACUUCCAAAAGGAGCAGGAAUACAGGCUCUUACAGAAACUCCACAACAACAAAGUGACAACAUUGUAAUGUCUGCAAAAGAUGAUGUGACAAGUGCAAGCAGUUUAUCUGCUCCAAGUACAACUGCUCAUACUGAAAUGCCAAGUAAACCAAAACCAACUCCUCCUCUUGCAUUGCCAGAAGCAACAAUGGUUCAUAAAGAAACUCAGCAAGAAAGUGAAAAGUCUGCAUCCUCUGACAAAGAUGGUGUGGCACAAGGUUUACCUGCUUUGAAAGAAGCAACCCAAGAACCAGCUAAACUUUUGACACCUUUCUCUGAACAUCAAAGGGCAAUAAUUGCUCCAAAUGGAACACCUCAAAGUGACAUACCAAAUGAAUCAAAGACAACUUAUACAUUUGUAUUGCCAGAAGAAAUUUUGGCUCUUACAGAAACUCCACAACAAAAUGACAACCAUACAACUUCUGCAAAAGAUGAUGUGGCAAACAGUUUACCUGAUCCACACGGAACACCUCCCAGUGAAAUAACAAUUAAGCCAUUGCCACCUUAUGCACUUGUAAUGCCAGAAGAAAUACAGGCUCCUACAGAAACUAAACAAGAAAGUGACAAGUCUACAGUUUCUACCGAAGAAGAUAUGAUAAGCACUUUACCUGCUUUGAAUGAAUCCUUCCAAGAACCAGUUAGACCACAGACUUCUUUGCCAGAAAAGCCAAGUCCCGUAAUUGCUGCAAAUGAAACCCUUCCAGAAUAUUAUAAAUCAGUAGCAUCUUCUCUCCCUGAAGGGUCAGGGACAACAAAGGCAUAUUUUGAAACAUCCAGCCCUAAAGCAAAUGACACACAAGAAAUGCUACAAACAAACCUUGUUCAAAGUAACAAGGAUCAAGGAUCUUCAAAACCAAGAAAACCAGUAUCUGAUCCAGGUGUCACAGCCCUUGGUUAUGAUCAGCAGCUUCAGGCGCCUCAAAAACCAAAGUCACCUGACACAUCUGUAAUUCCAAUCACCAGUCUGGCUUCAAGUGAAAAACUGGAAGAACGUCCCAUAAUAGCGGCAACAGAGAAACAUCAGGAUGUUGCUGCUGCUCCUAAAAAAAUACGUCAAAAAACUGAGAACAACAAACCAUCUCGUAGGCCUGAAUUAGUAAAGUCUGUCACAGGCAGUGUAAUUUCUGCUAAUCAAGCCUCCAUUCAUCCCAGCACUGCCAGGAAUAGGGCCACACGCCCUCCAUUUCCCAGACAUCCAUUUAUUUCGAGAGGCACUCCAAAGCAAACUCAACCUCCAAAACCAAAUGCGAACACAAGAAAACCUUUGCCUCCAAAUCAAAUUCCUGGUAAACCAGGAAUCAAAGAGACCACACUACGUCCCAUACAGUCCUCUUCUACAGUCAGAUCACCUUCUAAGCCAGUAGUUAAUCCUACAAAAGGCAAAGUAAAAGAACAGGGAACAGAAACUACUGCACCAUCAGCAGACAUAACUUCCACAGAUCCUCCUGCAAUAUUUAGCUCGACUCCAACAUCUCUUACAGAUAUGAUGGGAGAAAGUCGCUAUAUAGCCCCUCAUGUAGUGUUCAUGCCGAAGAAUGAGACCGAUCCAUGUUCUAUCACUGAUACUGUCAAGUAUUUUCCUGAUACCGAAGCUUCCCAUCAGAAUAUCUCUACUCCACCCCAGCAACCACCAUCAAACCUAACUGUUAUUACAGUAGAGGGAUGUCCGUCUUUUGUCAUUCUCAACUGGACAGAAGCCAAUAAUGACACAGCUACUGAAUAUAUAGUAAAAUCAAUGGUGAAUGGAACAGCUCCAGGAAAAGGAAUAUCUAUUCAAGUUACAAAUCAGACACAUUCGGCUGUGGAAAAUCUUAUGCCAAACACAAGCUACGUAUUCCAAGUAACACCAUCAAAUAUUCUUGGCCAAGGUCCCCCAAGCAAUCAAGUUGAAUUUAAUACAGAAUCAGCGGAUCCCAGAGUGAGUGAAUAUAUUUCAGUGGGGAAGGAUGCCAUCUGGACAGAAAUCCGCUUCAAGUCAGAUACUUACUCAGAGUGCCACGGAAAACAGUUUGUCAAACGAACUUGGUACAAGAAGUUUGUGGGUGUCCAACUCUGCAAUUCUCUGAGAUAUAAGAUUUACCUUGGUGACUCACUUGGAGGAACAUUUUACAACAUCGGAGAUCAGUCUGGCUUUGGAGAAGAUCACUGUCAGUUUGUAGACUCAUUUUUAGACGGGAAAACCGGAAGACAGCUGCAUCCUGAUCAACUACCUAAUAAACAAGGGUAUUACAGGUCUGUUCGACAAGAACCGGUCCACUUUGGAGAAAUUGGUGGAAAUACACAUGCCAGCUAUGUUCACUGGUAUGAGUGUGGCACAACAAUACCAGGAAAAUGGUAAAAGCUGGACUCGAAGAUAAUUGGGAAAACAAAAACAUCCCUCCUGAAAACUAGCAUUGAAACUGCAUUUUAAUAGGACUCCUGAUACUUAGGCCUAACUGUACUUUAAUGUAUAAAUAUGUUUAUAGAAUAUAAUUAUCAGAAUGUUUGUGUUAAAAGUAAUUAGUAGAACAAUGUAGAAAACUGCUUACUGUGUGUGUCAGGUUUCACGGAAUUUCUUUCGGGGAAGAUAAUGGACAAUCACAGUAAAAAAAAUGUUGGGAAGCUGGCUCCCUAUUUUUGUUAAUACAAGAUAUGUAUAUUAUUUAUCAGAAUGUUGUAAUAAAUGGUUUUGUAGAGGGUUCAGUGCAAGUAACGGUCAUAAAAGAAUACUUUAGGUUACAAAAUAAACCAAGGUUAGAAAUUUAAAUUUUAAAUUUGGUGUUUCAGAAGCCUGCUUUUGGUAGAUAUUCUGUCAAGGACCAUCUACUCAGAACUUAGUUUUAGAGGAGUUACUUGUUUUACAUCAAAAAGGAUAAUACUCUACAGAUGCCAAACAGAAAGCUCAAAGCUAACAUACUGAUCUUUAUUUCUGGCAUGCAUGCAUACAACACCAAAUAAAUAUAAAAUUCUAGCCUUUCACCUUGUGCCUUACUGCUUUGUACUGAAAGCCACUGUAAGACACUUUCUGUUGCACAUUCCUAUUACUUUUAAUAAGUGAGAGGUCAUGUAUGUAUGUGCGUGUGUUUAAGUAUAUAUGUAUGUAUGUAUGUAUGCAUGCAUGCCUGUCGACCUUCAAAGUCAACCCAUUUUUUGUGAAAGAAAUCAAACUGAUAUAAGAGUCUGGUUAUUUGAUUUAAGUAAAUUAUCCACAAAAAAGGAAUGCAGCAUAUUUAUGUAUAUGACAAAAUACCCACAUAACAAAACAGAUGGCUGGCAAACAAACUGAAUGCUUUAACCAAGAGGCAUCCCAUCUGGGAUCAGUGAUUAGAAAUAAGCUCUUUCACUGUAACAGUGAAAUUAAACAUAGACUCAUGAUUUCUUCCAUGUAACAGUAGAAACCACUGACAGCAGUCACCAUCCAAGAACCAUAAAGAGAAUAAAAUUUAAUGCAGUAACUGGUGGGAUUAACAGCUCCUGACCUUGCAAUCUUAAGAGGACACUUAAAUACUGAGAUGACUUUUGUUAAAAUCUGAAAUCAGCAUAUACCUGCUACAUAGAAUUCUUCACAAAAUUAGAAAUCCAUUAUUUUUGCAUGUCUCUGAUUCUCUAGGGCAUCAUAAAAUGAUUACAGAGUUUGAACAAUGUGAAUAUCAACAUGGGACUGAUAAAGGUCUGUUCAAUACCACUAAGUGCCUUUAUUAAAUCUGAAGCUAAACAAAAAAGUCUUGACAGUAGACUUGUAGACUGCUUGUUAAUGGCAUCAUUUGAAUAGUAUGGGUAGGAAGAGUUAACAGUAGGAUAAAUGUGUCAGAAGAAUGGUACAGCGGUCCAUAUCAACUACUGUAACCAGAGUGGCCUUUUUUAUUUUGUUAAUUUAGAAUGAUGUUAUAUGAUGACCUUCUACUUUAGCAAACAUUUUUUUCCAGCAAAAUAUAUAUCAUGGAGUCAAGGUUUUUUUCCAGAAAACCCUGCAUCAAAUAGAUGUACCACUUCCCGUUCUAAACCAACAGAUAUCACAAAGCCCUACAUAAUUACAGGAUGCAAUCACUCUUGCAGUUUCCUCUGUUGCACAUUUUUUUCAAAUUUGGUCUUUCAGCAUUAAGAUAGGCCUGCAUAUUUUCUUGGAUUCACCAGUUAAGCUUCAUUUGAUUUCAUUUUUAAACUAUGAAACUGCAGAGUUCUGUAGACUCUAACAAAUAAGUAAUGCAGCACUGAUGGUUUCAGGUGCUUUAUCACUUCCUAUGGUGGUAGUUUAAUAAAAAGUAAAGGUUUUAAAAACAAAACACUCCAAAACAAUGUAACAGUCAAUACUACACCAAAUCAAUAACAGUUUAUUGGUAUUGCCUACAAACUCACAUUAAUAUCCAUAAACCAUGAUGGACCAAUAAUCUCAGACCUGUAAGUCAUGUGGGCAAAGGCAAAAGGAAAAAUGAAAUCUGGAAAAUACGCCUAAAGAGACUUUAGACCACAAGACUUCAAUAUAAUCAGUAGCCAAGUGACAUCAGUAAAAUCAAAUAAUCUCACACCACAACUACGGUCACAAGUUAGUUGUCUACAAAGCAUAUAUUAUGUCAGAUUUUGACUGCUGAACUUAAAGUUUUAUAGUAUAUCUGCUGGGAGAAAGACUGAACAUCUGAUACAAGAAACCAUAAAAUAUUCCCCUCAUUACCUGGUAAAAAUUAAUACACUGCUACAGGAACACAGCAAUAAGCUGGGAUAUGUUCUGAAUUAAUGACAGCCACAAAAAAAAAAAUAUUCACAGUUCUGAAAGGCAGACUGCCACACAUUAACAACAACAAUACAGACAUUACCCAGGGCUAAUAGUCCACAACUGUAUCUCUCAAGGGUAGCAACUUGUAAGUAUAAAUUUUUGAUAUUUGCUCAAUGCAAAUCUCAGCCAUUUUCUGUGAGACAUCUGACCAAACCAACCAUGAUCAGCACUGUAGAAUAUUUUUUUCUUUUCUUGGUCAGUCCGGAAAUAAACACACAUUGGCAGUUGCACCCUUCCCUGACUUAACGAGAAAAGUUAGCUUUUUGUGGGAAGUGUUGACAACACUAAAUCAUCAGUGGCAGGCAGACUGGCUGUGAGACGGCAUACUCUCUAGCUUGUUGGUUAUGACUUGAAAUGACGUUGGGUCUGCAUUGUGUGUGCCUUAUCACAAAAUGCUCAAGACAAGUCAACUCUGUUUGUACAAAAGGAUAAAGCUUUGACUAUGACCCUGGCGACCUUUGUUCAAUUAAAGGUUCAGACACCUAGUGGAGCUGGCGGGGUGGAAGAGGUAUUUGCCUGCUCACCUCUUCAUGCAAGCAAGGGGCACUGCAUUUUCAUAAGUACUGUGAUACUGAGUCUGUGAAGAGAGCCAUUGCUGUGGUAUGCAAACGGGUAAAUAAGGGACACAUCACCACUCAGAUUAGAGCAUUUCCCUCUUGUUACCAUUGCUCACCCACCCACCUAGAUGGCAUUAGUCAGGCAAGUUAUUGGGAGGGGAAGCAGGCCUUAAAGAAAAAAAAAAAAAAACAUGAGACUCAGUAUAAUGGCUCCAGUCCUGGUCUUGUCUCACUAAGGAUACAUCCCAAGUGUACAGACUGCCCAGGAAGGGGGAACCAUCCAGUGUGGGUUAUACUGGGCAGCCAUCCUGUGUUAGGGGAAUCAUGAGGAUGAGAAGAUAAAGGGAGCUGGUGGUGGCAAAGCCAUAAGUCAGUGUUAGAAGGUCAAACAAUGCUCAAGACAUCUGCAAGCUUAUCCCCAUUUUCCUGCUCCGUAUCUGGUCAUUCAACCAACUUAAGUGAGCAAGGUAAAGGCAGGAAAGAUUAUACCAUCCCCUCAAGCAGGGAAAGAUGAGCAGAGAAUGGUAUACAUCAUCUUUCUAGAACAAAAGAACCAGAUGCCAAUGGAAGAAAUACUGUCACUAAAGAGUUUGGUGGCUUCCUGACAUUCAUCAUAGCAUCAGAGUCGUGGGCUACAAAAUUCCCUCACUGGACUUAAUCCUCUUGAGCCACUGCUGGCCUUGAGAUUCAGUGAAUAUAUCGAUAGUCCACCAUGAUCCUUUUUACCUUGAGCAUUAGGCUCUGCAUUUUUUUAAGUGAGGUGCCCAUGGACAACUUGGCUAAUGCAGUGGUAGCCAUGAACAAGGUAUGCAACAUUUUCUGAUUCAGAUAGUUCUGGGGAGAUUUGACUUUCCACUUGAUGGUCUUGUUAUUGGGGUCUAUAUCAAAUAACCGAAUGUUGACAAUAUUGAACGCUCUAAACAGCGAAAUUCUCAGAACUCGAACUCCUUAUUGUGGGAGGCUGCGCCCCCCACACCCCCUACUACAUAUAUAUUCCAACUCAGAGAUCGCACUACAGUGAGGAAAGGGCAAAUAUUCCGAUCUUCACUGUACUGCAAUCUCAAUUAAAGAAUUUGGAGUUCUAGGAUUUUCGCUCUUUAGAGCAUUCGACAUUUUCAACAUUCAAACAUAUGAUAUAGACCCUGUUAUUGAACCUACACAGUAAGGACAGUAGAUGACUUCAUGUUCCAUCUCUAAGAAACACUAUGAAAAUCUAUGUGAGGGGAUUUGCUUCCUAUAAGUAGUAUUAACUUUAAUAACAGCUAUCCUUAUUGCCCAAAAACCUCAUCUAUAAAGUUAGAAGUAGUACAAAAUAUAAUUUUCCCCACUGGAUUAUUACUCUAUUUCCAGAAGCCAGGAUGAACUGACGUUUAAUAAUGCCCAGGACCAACACUGAUGGAUAAACUCUCAUACUUUGGUAAGAAAGAGAACAUCUCUUUUAUACACAGAUGUGCUGACAUCCAGGAGGAAAAGCUCUGAAAGUCACAACAGACAUCAGGCCUUCUGUAGCAGAAGCCCCAAGUGCUGUCAUUACUGCAAGAGUGAAUACAAUAAACAUCUUAAAAUAGGUAUGUAACCCAAUAAUUUUAUGGGCUGCACACUACUUUUGGCACUUAAUCUGAAAUGUGCAAGCACCUUUUUCCUAUUUAACAGUCAACAGAUUGUAAAUACUGUAAGUUGAAGAACUAUGUCUUAGCUCAGGCAGAAGUCAUUAAUGUAAACUUUUAAUUCAGACUAACCAAGGCAUUCUGAUACAUGGUUCAGAGUACUAAAUUAUACAAAAAAAAAACAGAUGGUUUGAGACAAAAGAAACAAGCAAUAUAAUGAGCAAAAGCACACACCAAUCUGGGUUAACAUACAAGAAACUAAAUGCCAAUGUUGCUAAACUGCACAGGGCAUCAUCUUACACUCAUCAGCAUAAAAAGGUUGAAAUAAAGUGUCAUCCAGUGUGUAAAUAUUUCACGGAAUCUGGGUGUUCACUGCAGUUCUCUGAGGUAUGUAAACUUAUCUUGAAAGUGUUCAACAAAUACAGGACAACACAGAGCAACAAUAGAUGCACAUUAGUUACGCAUAUUGUUAAAACUCUUCUGCGAUGCUUUUUUAAAAAAUCUAUGUGAAAAUGUUUACUCGAUUCUGGAUAUGCUGAUAACAAUAUAAAUGUAUAUGUACAGGAAACUAUGGGCUUCUCAGAACAAGUUGCCAAUGCUGUACCAAAUAAAGUAAAAUAAACAUGAGAAAUUUUCCAAA